AUGGAAAUGCACCUCCAAGGGCAAGGUCUCGCUAAUGUAAUUACAAAAGACGGAACCUCAAAUGCAAAAGAUAAAGCAAAUGCACUGAUUUUUAUUCGUCAUCAUUUGCAUGAGAGCCUGCAGACUCAAUAUUUAUCCGUUCGAGACCCUCAGAGCCUGUGGAAGAGGUUGAAGGAUAGGUAUGAUCAUACCAAGACUGUUAUCCUCCCUCAAGCACAAUAUGACUGGCAAAAUCUCAGACUGCAAGAUUUUAAAUCAGUGUCUGACUAUAACUCCGCUUUAUUUGAUAUUGUUUCUCGGCUUGAGUUAUGCGGUAUCAAGCUCACUGAUGCGGAACUGUUAGAGAAAACUUUCCCCACCUUCCAUGCUUCGAAUAUUGUAUUGCAACAGCAAUACCGGCAGCGUCAAUUUGCCACAUACUCUGAAUUAAUUUCUAGGCUCCUCACUGCUGAGCAAACUAAUGAAUUGCUGCUCAAAAAUCAUGAUCUUAGACCCGCUUGGUCAAAAGCAUUGCCUGAAGCACAUCCUAACUCUGAGAAAAAUACUGGCCAUUUUAAGGGCUAUAAGCGCAGGCAAGAACAUAAUCCUCGAAGGGGUGGCAAGAAAUUUAACCGUCCUAGGAAAUCUAACUUUGGCCCGAAUCAUGACAAAGAAAAGAAGCAAAAGAGGGGCAAGGGUGGUGAAUCUCACGCCAUUGAAAUUAAUCCUACUGCCAUAACCAUUGUUGAGGCCAACAAUAUCUCUGUUGGUGGGACUCCUCUUGCUCCUGAAGUAGCAAAUGCAUCCCUGGAUGUCUCUGAUUUCUUUGAGGACCUCUGA